AGCGAGGGAGAGAGCAAGGGAGCAAGCGAGCCGGCGCGAGAAAGGGAGAGCGCAAGAGAGAGCGAACACGCACACGCGCGCGCACACACGCGCACACACACAGACACACACACGGGAGAGCUUGUAAGUAAUUGGGCUCCAUGGACGAGAUGCUGCUGCUGGCGAGAUGUCUAGUGGUGGUCCUUGUCUCCUCGCUCCUGAUGUGCUCAGGGCUGGCGUGCGGACCCGGCAGAGGAUUUGGGAAAAGGAGACACCCCAAAAAACUGACCCCUUUAGCCUACAAACAGUUUAUCCCCAAUGUGGCCGAGAAGACCCUAGGGGCCAGUGGAAGGUAUGAAGGGAAGAUCUCGAGAAACUCGGAGCGAUUUAAGGAACUCACCCCCAAUUACAACCCUGACAUCAUAUUUAAGGAUGAAGAAAACACCGGAGCGGACCGGCUGAUGACUCAGAGGUGUAAGGACAAGUUGAAUGCCUUAGCCAUCUCAGUCAUGAAUCAGUGGCCUGGAGUGAAGCUGCGGGUGACCGAGGGCUGGGAUGAGGAUGGUCACCACUCAGAAGAGUCGCUGCACUAUGAGGGCCGUGCGGUGGACAUCACCACAUCAGACCGUGACCGCAGCAAGUAUGGCAUGCUGGCCCGCCUAGCCGUGGAGGCAGGCUUCGACUGGGUCUACUAUGAGUCCAAAGCGCACAUCCACUGCUCUGUGAAAGCAGAGAACUCGGUGGCCGCCAAAUCGGGCGGCUGUUUCCCUGGAUCCGCCACUGUGCACCUGGAGCACGGCGGCACAAAGCUGGUGAAGGACCUGAGCCCUGGGGACCGGGUGCUGGCGGCCGACGACCAGGGCCGGCUGCUCUACAGUGACUUCCUCACCUUCCUGGACCGCGAGGACGGCGCCAAGAAGGUCUUCUACGUGAUCGAGACCCGGGAGCCGCGGGAGCGCCUGCUUCUGACAGCUGCGCACUUGCUCUUUGUCGCGCCGCACAAUGACUCGGCGGCCGCCGGGGAGCCUGAGCCGCCGUCGGGCGCCGGGGAUAGAUUGAGGCUGCCGCCAGAGGGUGCGGCGGGGCGCCGGGCGCUCUUCGCCAGCCGCGUGCGGCCCGGCCAGCGAGUGUACGUGGUGGCGGAGCGCGACGGGGACCGCAGGCUGUUGCCUGCCGCUGUUCACAGCGUGACGCUUCGCGAGGAGGCCACGGGCGCAUACGCGCCGCUCACGGCCCAGGGCACCAUCCUCAUCAACCGGGUGCUAGCCUCGUGCUACGCCGUCAUCGAGGAGCACAGCUGGGCGCACUGGGCUUUCGCGCCCUUCCGCCUGGCGCACGCGCUCCUGGCGGCGCUCGCGCCCUCGAGCACAGACCAAUGCAGCGGCGGCGGGAGUGGCCGGCUCCCCGCGCCGGCGCCAGAUGCGGCCGCAGCGCCAGAUGCAGCUGCCGCUGCCGCCGCGGGCAUCCACUGGUACUCGCAGCUGCUCUACCAAAUAGGCACCUGGCUUUUGGACAGUGAGGCCCUGCAUCCCCUGGGCAUGGCGGUCAAGUCCAGCUGAAAGCCAGGGGCGCCAGGAAGGGUGCGGGAGGGGG